UCCAAACAAACUUGCUAGCAAACGUUAUGGCUUAUUUGAAGACCUUCAAGAAGUACUAUCAUACAUAUUGUCAGGUUGCGCUUCGGAAAAAGGUUUCUGGAGAUCAUGGAAGUGAACAUGCUAGCUCAAACACAUGCCCUCACGGUCUCUCAAAUCUGCUCGUUCUUCCAAAGAAAUGUCAGACUGAUUUCGAUGGUCAGCCGAACUUGGACGAAUCUAUGGCACUCUCGGUAGAUCGUGCAUCGGAGGACUCUAUUCUCAACGAUGAUAUAUCAACGUCUCAGAACUCUAGCCCGAAGACAGGAGGUUAUACAGCAGAAAACACAUUCAUAUCAAAUGACACCGAGGGAAUUCCGUUAGCCAGCUUGGAUGUUCUGCGUGUGUCUGAGGCGAUACCGGCUGCUAUGCCUACACUUGAGCCCCGUACAGCCCUAGUAUCUUCCGAACCAGCAACCACAUCACCUCGUCGGACUCCACUCAAACCACCGAGUCCGAUUAAAACUGGACACCAUGCAUAUAGAGCCCACAGGCUUUAUAUGAGGAAGCUAUGCAUUGCUAACCUAAUGGGCCAAGCGGUCGCCGACGAUACACACAGCGAUACAGUACAGCACGUACCAACCUUUAUAUCAGUCAAUAGUCCACAAGCUCGCAGAACUCCUCAGUGCGGCGACAAAGUGAGUGCAUUACAAUGUACGCCAAGGAGUUGUGGCUCACGACAACAUGAGACUCGAGUCGCUGUUAGACUCCAAGUGCGAUUCGCAGAAAAUCCGAUUGUACAUAAAACAUUCCAUAGUUCAGUGUAUGAUAGAAAAUUCGUGCUUGAUUGUGACUGCCUAUCCGUAUUGAAAAUUUACCAUGAGCUUCUGGUAUUCAAGCUCACAGAAAUGAUCGUACACGCUGAUUCGCUAAUAAACACCAACAAACACUUAGCUAAGCUCAGCGCGGACGAUCGGCGCAAAGUAAUCAAGAUUUUGGAAUACCUAAUGUAUACAGCUGGGUCUAAAUAAAUUAAAAGCGUCG